GGUCCUAGCUGUAGCUGUGCAAAUAAAGAGAGAUAACGGACCGCGAACAACGAGCUAAAACUGUUUUUUUUUUUUUUUUUUUUGUUAUGACAUGUUAGAGGAAUAGUUUAACAAGUUACUAAAAGGGCUUCCAGGGGAGGAAUAUCGCUGUUCGAGCGGGGAGAAGGGCGACAUUUCCAGCUGUGGGGUGUGGAAAAGCCCGGGACGCGAGCUUAUAAACUUAGCCCUGCAAGUCACCGAAGUUGUCUAAAACAAGUGACUGUGGCAGAAGAGAAAGUUAGCCGCAGUUAAAGAUGAGCUUGUUGUCUGCCAUUGACAGCAGCACCUCGGUGUACCAGCCCGCACAGCUUUUAAACUGGGUUUAUCUCUCUUUACAAGACACGCACCAGACCAGCGCUUUCGAUGCUUUCCGACCCGAAGCGAGCUCCGGCCAUCCGGAUCUGAGCUACAGUAAAACCCCUGCUGCAGCCGAGCUCAGCUCCUCUCUCAGCUCCAACUAUCUCAACAGCUUCUUUCAGCUGCAGCGCAACGAGGCCUUGAAUAAUGGCUUAUAUAAAAGCGUUUCUCCGUAUGGCUCUCUGAACAACAUCGUGGACGGGUUGAACUCUCUAACGGACCAUUUCUCCGACCUCUCCCUGACCUCUGAGCCACGCAAGCCCAGCAAGAGACCUCCACCUAACUACCUGUGCCAUCUCUGCUUCAAUAAGGGCCAUUACAUCAAGGAUUGCCCUCAGGCUCGGCCCAAAGGUGAAGGACUGACACCUUAUCAAGGAAAGAAGAGGUGCUUUGGAGAGUACAAGUGUCCCAAAUGCAAAAGGAAGUGGAUGAGUGGAAACUCCUGGGCCAAUAUGGGACAGGAGUGUAUCAAGUGUCAUAUCAACGUAUACCCUCACAAACAGCGUCCUCUGGAGAAGCCUGAUGGCCUGGAUGUCUCUGACCAGAGCAAGGAGCACCCGCAGCAUCUGUGUGAGAAGUGCAAAGUCCUGGGCUACUACUGCCGCCGCGUGCAAUAAGGACCUGCAGGUCCGUGCCCACUGCCCAUCUUACCCUCUGCCCUACCCACAAGAGCUCCAAGAAAAAGUGAAAUGUGCCAAAAUGUUUUGUAAAUAUCGCUAAUGCAAUUAUGGCCUUGUGUAUCAAAAGCAUAAAACACAUUUAUUUGAUAUAUGUGUAUAAUUGAUGAUUGAACAUGUUUUAGAAGGGUGUCACUGCCAGUAUUGAUAUCCAAACUGGGCACAAUGGGUGACCUCAACCUUGUGCUCUCUGACUGCGUGUUUACAGACUGCCGUCAUUUUCCCUGUCAAGUGAACUAUGUGGAUGUGCUGAGUGGUAAAGGUAUUAUAUUAGUUCAGUCACACAGGGCCGAGUAUGCCUUGCAAUGUUCUUUGGGUCAACAGCACACCAAUUUAACUGUGAAUUAACAGGGGAUAUUGUAGUAGUCAUCCCUGGCUUUUAUUUGCAUAUUUAUUUGUAAUGUUUUUAUAUCGUCGUGCAAUUGAUUCAACUAAACUGGGAUUUGUAUGCACAUAUUGUUUAACCCCACCUCUUGCCAUUAGAAACUACUGUAGGAUAGAAUUAUCUUGUAAGAAACUUAGCAAAGUUCCUACUUUUGACAUACAUGUUUUGUGUGUGUGUGUGUGUAUAUAUAUAUAUAUAUAUAUAUAUAUAUAUAUAUAUAUAUAUAUAUAUAUAUAUAUAUAUAUACAUACACACAAAACAUGUAUGUUUAUAUAUUUAUAUAUAUAUAUAACGGCAUGCAAGAUAACUUUACCAAACACUACAGCAUUCAGCAGUCAGGACGUACCAGUUAACAUUUUGUAGGGUUUUUUUUUUUUUGGACAACAAUGAAAUGCAACGUACACAAGUCUUAGUCAUUUUACCAAGCAGUAGCACAUUAUAUUACAGGUCUGAAUGCUACAGGUCCUUUAUUCUGUUCAGGAUAGAAUCAGUAUUAGAAUCUCCACGUAUCAUUUUGAAUGUGGGUACCAUUACAUAUAAGAUGUCAUGAUGUUUAAGGCCUGCUAAAGGUAGGAUCCUGACCUUUGUGUAUCUAUGCAAUCCUACAUUGGCUUUGUUUUCAAAUAGCCGAAGUGCCAGAUGUUUAUGGUGUAUUAAUAGCAUUUAUUAGUGGAUCUAAAAGUACUUAGAUUAUGUGCUAAAAUCAGCCAGACCAGCUCUGAUGUAUGCAUACUUAUCUGAUAUCUGUCAAGUUCUAUAAUGGUGUAAGAACUUUUUUUGAAUUUAUAUGACGGUUUUUUAAUACCAGAGAUUUUUAGUGACGGUAGUGAUAUCACAAAAAAAAAAAAAAUACAAAUAUUUCAUCUGUUCUAAAGAUUUAUUCAUCAUGGCUGUAUAAAAGCUUUGCUUUUAUCUGCAUUUCCAAAUUACCAAUAGAAUUGACAAAUGAUGGAUUUAGUCCCAUCAGAGCUGUGGUUUUUGGGAAACAAUUGCCAGUCUAGAUGAAAUGGAGGUAAAAGUGAGAAAAGGACAAUGUAUGUUAUAGUGAAAAGUCUCAAACUGACAAGACAUGGAUUUGGUUACAGUUAAUUGAACAUAGGAUAUCUUGGAAGUAUUUGAGGAAUGUAGGUUAUUGUAAAGAUCUUAUCAUGGGAGAAGGACAUAAAAUAUUACUUACAAGAUGGAAAGACUAUACUGUAGUUUACCUCUGUUUUAUAAGCAAUUACUUCACAUACUAAGUGGUCACAUCUGAGUGUGAUCAAAGAGCAGUUCAUAUAUUAUAACUUUAAAUGUAGCUUUAUUUUGUAUAACAAAGGUCAUUUGUAGACACAUUUGUAAGCAUUUGCUGAUUGAAGUUAUUACAGGCAGAAUAUUGUCUUGUCGAAAAGUCUAGAUGUACAUAUAAAGUGAAACACAUUUCUCGAUUAUAUAGAAUGUGUAUAAUUGUUUACUAAACUUUAGAAGUCCUAACCUCAUAUAUAUUAUGUUGUCUAUAAUUGUUGUUUUGUAGAGACAAACUGAUACUAUAAGAAGUAAACCAUGUCUGAAGGGAUAAGUGUAAAAUGCUUUAGGGGGUGAUGUGAAACGUUGAGAUUCCAGGAGGUAAAUGUCAUGUCUCAUGCUGGUCUAAGAUGUGAAUUUGAUGGGGCGGUAAAGUAACGGACCCAUUAGCACUGAAAACAUAAAACCAUCAUAUAUUUUUCCCUCCAUGUAAUACUGUUUGUGGUGCCUUAGAUUUGAUUUGCUGGUGGUAAAUCAUCACUACAGUCUGCUGCCGAGGAAUCAGCAAUGAAAUAGAAAGAUCACUGUCUCAGAAAACAGCUCUGUGCAAAAUCGGUCACGCCAUUUCAUCAGUGUUAGUCUUCUGCUAGAGCUUCUUCAUUACUCAAUAAAUGUAGUUUUACUGUGGAAUCUUGUUGCUAAUAGCUCUACUGUGCCCACAUUGGUACAUGGCAAGUUUUCCUUCCAGCCUCAUUUAGCUUGGAAGGAGUUACACUGUGUUUUGAUCAUCAUCGUAGGAGAUCAGCCAGAGACUGUUUUUCUCAGUGAAAAGCCACGACUUCAAUGUAAUCGCUCGCUGCUGAUUACUAAAUGCUUAACACAAAACUGUCUGCAUCACUAUUCCUAAAUAGUAUUUUCCUCAGAAGUUAAUUUCCUGAUCUCUCAAAGUAGUUACUAUUUACUCUCAUGCACCCUUUCAGGGUAAAAGAUUAUACUGAUUACGAGCACAACUCCCUUUGAAAAGCUUAACUGAUGUAAGAAAGUCAUAAAAAGAACAGAUUACUAUGGCUGAGAUUAUAAUACAUUAGUUUUUUGUUUUUUUUUAAAGCCCUGUGAUGUGCUCGUUUUGCUCUUACAGCCAGAGAGGCCUGGAGCGAUUGCAGGUAGUGAUGUACAUGCAUUUACAGUACAAGUGCUUUUGCGGAUGUGUUUGUCUUGAAAUACGUAUACUUGACUUUUAUAGCUCACUUUCACCGUAAACUUAUUUUUAUGAACGAUAUGUGUAUUUUGGAAACCAGUAUAGAUGUGGAAAAUUUUGCAAUUUGAAACCAGAUGCGAAUUUUUUUCCCUUUCAAAGAUACAAUUUUAUGUACGCUUUUCUGUAUAUAUUCGAUGGCCAUCAUUUUUAAGUUAGCUCUUUUAAAUGUUAUGAUGCAAUAUUAAAAUUGUUUAUGCGAAAAAGGGCAGAUUUUUGAGAUACAAAAGAGCUGGGAGUUUUUACAUUGUUUUACAAUAAUCUUAGGUUUUAUCCUACAGAAAUAUUUAUGGAAGGUCUUUCUGCAUUUUUUUUUCUUUUUUUUUUUGUAUAAAAAGCAACAGAACUACACUAUGAAGGAAAUAUUGAUGAUGACAUAAUAUUAUUCAGAAGUUGGUACAUAAUUAUUAUGCCCUUUCAAGCCAUUUUAUGUUUUGUUAUUUUAGAUAUUCUCAGUAUAUACAGUAACUUUACAUACUACAAAUAUAAGUGCUUUAAUAUGGCUAUAAAAUCACAGUGUGUCUGCACAGAUGUUUUGAAUAGCAGUUCUAGGAAAGCAAUAAUAUUGUAAUAACUAACACUUCAUGUAAAAGACUGACUCACACCACUGUAAGUCAAACUGUAUCAAACUGUGAGUGUUUUAAUGUCACCAAUUAAUGCCAAGUCAAAGAAUGAAUAUGAAUUUUCUUCAUCUUUUUGAAAAUAAGAUUUGCUUAAUUGUGUGAGACAAAGAACUGUAGUUGAGUUUGCAUGUGCAUGUAUUUUAACAGAUUUAAUAAGUAUACUUUUGUGCAAUUUAUUAUUUAAUAUUAGUUCAUUUCUUGGAGACGUGCUUUCGUAGAGUUCACCUUGCAAAUAACUGAUUGUUAUAAUUAAAUGCCUUUAUUCACUUGUAGGGUAUAUCGAUUAAUACAUAUUUACUGAAUGUACUGAUGAAUCUCUCAUGUGAUAAGUUAGAAACUCAUAUUUAUGUUUAUAUUGUCUGUAACAUUUUUGAAGUCAUAUUGGAUUGGACGGAGCAACAGCAUGGUAAAGGAGAUUUUUAAAGAGAGAACAACUGUUGCUUAAUGUCCAUGAAAUGGCAUUCCGAUAUGUGCCUUAUUUGUUAGUUAGGAAAAUUGAAUACUUUGUGCUUUUAGGGUUUGUCAAAUUAAAACAUUGAAUCAAAA